AGCGACUGAGACUUCACUUUCUUUUUCCCACGGAAAGAAGGAUCCGAAGAUGCCCGAGCCCGCGAAGUCAGCGCCCGCCCCGAAGAAGGGCUCCAAGAAGGCGGUGACCAAGGCUCAGAAGAAGGACGGCAAGAAGCGCAAGCGCAGCCGCAAGGAGAGCUACUCGGUGUACGUGUACAAGGUGCUGAAGCAGGUGCACCCCGACACGGGCAUCUCGUCCAAGGCCAUGGGCAUCAUGAACUCGUUCGUCAACGACAUCUUCGAGCGCAUCGCGGGCGAGGCGUCGCGCUUGGCGCACUACAACAAGCGCUCGACCAUCACGUCCCGGGAGAUCCAGACGGCCGUGCGCCUGCUGCUGCCUGGGGAGCUGGCCAAGCACGCCGUGUCCGAGGGCACCAAGGCCGUCACCAAGUACACCAGCUCCAAGUGAGCGCGCGCAGCGCCCUGACCCCAAAGGCUCUUUUCAGAGCCACCCAACGUUUCACGUUUGAGAGUUGUGUGCUUGUCCGUACCGCUGUUUUCUGUGGGUCUGAGAAACAACGCAUCGGCAAGGGCCCACAGCCGGGGUAAGCUCUUAAAUACAGACAUUUUCGUUAAGAUCUGCAUUUCUUGUAAGUUUAAGUAGACAUUCCCUUUAUGCUAUUAACAAUGAACCCCAGGAAUUUUAGGUAAUUUUCGUGCAACCAGAACUGUAAUUUUCCUCUAGGAUGAGCCAUCCGGUGUGGACCUCUGAUCUCAACAACUGAGCUUGCGCACUCUAGUCUGAGUUUGCGGUUUGUGGGAAAGCUAAGGCUGGUGAAUUUGCAUACCUCCAGUUUUUGUGAAGUCUUGCGACACUGCCCCUAAAAUCGCAGAGAAACCCGGCGUGGUAGCGCGCUCCUUUACACCUGGCUAAGAUCCAGGCCAACCUGGUCUCCAUAGCGUAUUCCAGGCCAAGUGGGACUGUGGAAAACCCUGUCUCAAAAAGUCAAGAAAGUUAGGCUGCAGGGUUAGUGGAUCUCGGAGCCUGCUGACCCGCUCUCGGUGACGCUCACGUGGCCAUCUUCAGCAGCGCCACUGGAGGCGACAUCUUCGCUGCGCUGGCACUUAACAAGUUUCUAGCUGUGAAGCGCCUCUAAUUUCCUCCCCUCCACCCACCACCUCUUGGCUUGGAGCUUUUGGAUUCUUUGUGAAGCUUGUAAAUCUUAAAACAAGAAGCGCUGACUCCAAUAGGAAAACAUUACGCGUGUUAACUUAAUGACAGGAAGUGGCGAAAGGUGUUUGUAAACGUAAAGGCAAAAAAAUAAGGCCGUGAAACAUUUUGUUCUGUCCCUUCCCUAAAUUGCUUUUAAAUGACCUCACUGGGUAUUUUUGUAAGCUCUAAAAUCAAGUUACCAAUCCCCUCUCUUGUUUCAAAAAUAAACUGGAAAAAAAAAAAAA